CAGCAGGGAAAAGUUUUCCACCCCGACGAACGGCGGCACCACGGCUGUGAAUCGGUAAAAAGGGGGUGCAAAGCUGUGUUGUGCGCUUUUUCGGUUUGUUGUUCGAGGCAUAAUUACCGUUAGCUGACCGAGGCAAAAUUCCACCGAAAAAAAAACUUUACUCUUCACUACAAUGCAACCAAUCAAAUCGUUCUACUACUUUUCGAAACUGUUUGGGCUCUGCCCGUUUCCGCUGGAUGCAAUUACCGCCGGAAACGUGCGCAUGAACCAUAUCAAACAGCUGAUACCCACUUAUCUGGCGCUCCUUUUCUACACAUUCUGUCUGGUGAGCAUCUUCUGGCAAACUGGAAACAGCUCGGACAUCUCCAAUGCUGCCAACUGGAUUCAAUUCAUCCCGAACUCGUUUGCCUACAUCUUCGUGCUGAUUUUCGCAAUCCGUCACCGGAUGGCCAUGAGCGAUAUCCUGUCCACCUUUGCGUUGUGCGAUGAAAAGAUGCGUUCCAUGUUCGGCAUCUCCUACACCAUCCCGAACAUCAAGAUGAGACGAGUGGCGGUGCUGGCCUGCGUCGUCACGCUGAGCUGCGGUGGAACGCUCGGCGGUUUGAAUUUCAUGAUUGGCGUAAAUUUGAACAAAAUUUGGACCCUGUUCUAUUGGUUUGCGUUCGUUGUACCGAAGUUCGGUCUGCUGCUGUUCAACUUCCAGUUCGCUGGUUGCAUAAUGUUCCUGUCCGACCGAUCGAUUCUGCUGCUGAAGGGAAUGAACACUUUCCCUAAUAGCUUCGGGUUGGAGCAGCAGUUUAAACCGCUGAACCUGGUCGGGCUGGGCAAGCAAAGCUCGAUGACCGACAAGAAGCUGAACCGGGUGACCACGGUGGGCAACAUCAAGAUACGACCCGUCAGCCCGGCGGAAACUGUCCAGAAUACUCGGGAAGUGGUCGAGUACCUGCAGGAGUUGGCCACCAAGAUUAACGACUGCUUCGGCAAGCAGGCCAUCUUCUCGCUCCUGUCGGCCUUCAUCUGCGUCACCGUGCAGCUUUACUACAUGCUGAAUCACAUCAAGACCGGCUUCAGCCAAAGCCAGGCCGAGAUUUAUGCACUGGCCGCAUGCAGUAUGCUCUUCCUGCAUGGAGUGGAGUUUUGGGCGCUGUUCACCAGCGGCGAAAAUGCGCGAUACAAGUGGAAAAAUCUGAUCAACUAUGUAUUCUUCAUUAAGUCCAAAUCAAAUGACGAGGAAUUUCGCUGCCGGGCUGACGAUCUGAUUUCAUUCAUGCAUGCAAAUCCACUGGAGUUUCACGCUUACGGACUGUUUCCGAUUGAUCUGUCGGUGGUAUCGGGGAUUGCCGCAUCAAUCACCACGUACCUGAUUGUGCUAAUCCAAUUCAAAAUUUCGGAAGAACAAACAAACGGCGAAGAAAUAGGCUCUGAAGGAAUCGACAAGGUGCAAUACUCGUCAUCUGGUUGAAAUGAUUUCUACAUGGCUAAAUUACAUCAAAUGUUGAAAUACGCUACGGAAGGUAAAACAAAUAUUAUUAUGUUAUUACAAUUAAACUAUGUUAACAUUUGGAAUAAA